GCGCUGUAUCCAGACGUUUGUGGCGAGCAAAAUGACGGUUCGUUGGCUAAUAAUUCUUUCAAUAAUCUGCACGCAGCUCCUCCUUUCAGACGGCUCUCAAACUGCUCAGCUAGCCAAUCCAGAGUUACAAGCGUUCCUCCAGCGCGUCGAACGUCUCGUACUCAACACAACUGAUCGUGCGCUGCUCAUCACCCGAAACGUUUACCACAACCUAAGCAAAGAGAUGCCGCCAACACUGUUGGAAGCCACCAAUCAAACGAUGCAGCAGUAUAUUGCGCAGGUACAGGAAGCGUUAGAUGACACUUCGUACACGAACUUCACAUUGAAGCGAAAAUUGCUGCGACAAUUCAAAGUGAACAAUUUGCAGAUUGAAUUGCUGCGCCGCCAAUUGGAACCUCUACAACCGGAAUUCAACUUUCAACUGAUCUCAGACGAAUUCUACAAGUCCAAGAAGAAUGUCACGGAGUUUGACAACUUGUAUUUGAGUUUCAUGGACGAGUUCGCGGCCGCGUCUCAACAGUUGUGGGAUACACUUUCUGAAACUACCGUGGAGGAGCAGCAGGAGCUGUUGGAGUUGCUUGAUGAGAUUGCCAAGGAAGAGCAAUUGCGUGAGAAGGAUAAAUUAUAUGAUGAGUUUAUUGCUAUGUAUCUAUUUAAGGUUGAGGAGAAUGAGCAGGAGGCUAAGGAAUUAUAUUGAAAGCGAAUGAAAUUAUCACAAAUA